AUGGCCACGAGCAUAACGGCAGCGGCGGCGGCGUCGCUGCGUUCCGGCUACGUCCUCCUCGCCGCCCUGGCCGCGCUGCUCGCCGUGGCGGCCGGUGGCGACCCGGGGAAGAUCGGGGUGUGCUACGGCCGCGUGGGCGGCAACCUCCCCGCGCCCGAGGCGGCCGCGGCGCUGCUGAGGAGUAACGGGAUCACCAAGGCGCGGCUCUUCCUGCCGGACCAGGCCGUGCUCCCCGCCUUCGCCGCGGCCGGCAUCGACCUCACGGUCGGCGUGCCCAACGAGAACCUCACCUUCCUCUCCGCGGCCGGGCCCGAGGGCGCGCUGCAGUGGCUGCGCUCCAACGGACUCGCCAGCGGCCCCGUCGCCGGCCGGCUCCGCUACCUCGCUGUCGGCAACGAGGUGCUCUACAACAACCAGUUCUACGCGCCGCACCUGGUGCCGGCCAUGCGGAACCUGCACGCCGCGCUGGCCUCCCUCGGGCUCGACGGCGCCGUCAAGGUCUCCUCGGCGCACGCCUCGUCGGUGCUCGCGUCCUCCUACCCGCCCUCGGCCGGCGCCUUCGACGCCGCCCAGAUGGACGUGCUCCGGCCCAUGCUGCGGCUCCUUGCCGACACCGGCGCCCCCUUCAUGCUCAACGCCUACCCGUUCAUCAGCCACGUCGGCGACCCGGCCAACGUGCCGCUCGCCUACGCGCUCGGCGCCUCCGACGAGCCCGUGGUGCGCGACGGCGCGCUGGCGUACGCGGGCCUGUUCGACGCGACGGUGGACGCGGUGGUGGCGGCGCUCGAGCGGGAGGGCUUCGGCGGGGUGCCCGUGGCGGUGACCGAGACCGGGUGGCCCACCGCGGGGCACCCGGCCGCGACGCCGGAGAACGCCGCGGCGUACAACGGGAGGAUGGCUGAGAGGGCGGCGCGGGGCGCCGGCACGCCGCGCCGGCCCGGGGCGCCCGUGGAGGUGUUCCUGUUCGACCUCUACGACGAGGACGGCAAGACCGGCGCCGAGUUCGAGCGCCACUUCGGCAUCUUCAGGGCAGACGGCGUCAAGGCCUACAACAUCAACUUUGCCUAG